GAAGAGAUUUGUAAUCCAGGCCCAGGAGCUUCUCAACGAGAAUCGCCGUUUAUACCAGGAACUGCAUCAUCUGAAAUGUUCUCACGGCGGCGUCAGCCUCUCCUGUCCGCCAGCAAUCGCCCCUGCGCUCCCCGUACAACAGUACGAGCCGCCGCCUAACCUGAAUUCCGUAUUCAGCCACGCAGAGUGUGACAGACGAAACUCGGAACUGGAGGAUGAAAUUGAUCGACUGAAACGCGAACGUAGUAAACUACGGAAGCAAGGAGAUGCGGUAAAGGAACUAGCCAGGUAA